AAACAAGUCUAAAAUUUGGUGGAAGACUUUUCCAGCGAUGACUUAAUCCAAGAAAUACAAAAAUAUCAGCUACUAUAAAUUGGUUUUCCCUUUCUUUCUAUCAUAAUUAUGUGUUCUCUAGUCGUAUAAGCUACUUUUUAUUUCACUCCACAUGGAAGAUCGUCUAGCUAGGGAACUUUUCAUCAGACGAAUUUUCAUAUGAUCAUUUUCGUGUAUUCAACGUAGAAGAAGUUCGCCUGCCUCCUUUUAUUAACCAAUUUUGUUUUUUUAAAGAAUCUGAUAGAGGAAGAUGGAUACUGAGAAGAGACUCUAUGAAGCUGCAGUUGAAGGAGAUGUGAGAGCUUUACAAGAAUUACUUCAACAAGAUGCUUUGAUUCUUGAUAGACUGACCUUAACUUGCUUCAAUGAAACUCCUUUGCACAUAGCAGCGAUGUGCGGGCAUAUUGAGUUUGUGAGGUUAAUUCUUGCUCAAAAUCCUCAGCUUGCUGCUGAAUUAGAUUCGCGAAAGUCAUCUGCUCUUCACUUAGCUUCAGCCAAAGGGCACCUGCAAAUUGUCAAGAUGUUGGUGGUGGUGAAUCCUGAAAUGUGCCUGGCUUGUGAUCGCGAUGGUAGAAAUCCUCUACAUCUUGCAGCAAUCAAAGGUCGAGUUGAAGUCAUCAAAGAACUAAUACAUAUCAGGCCUCAUGCAGCUCUAGGAACGACGAUCAAUGGAGAAAACGUCUUGCAUUUAUGUGUGAAGCAUAAUCAGCUGGAGGUUCUCAAGGUGCUAAUGGAGAUUGGAUGGGACCAUGAGUUCUUGAAUGCAAAGGAUGGUGAUGGCCACGCCAUUUUGCUUUUGGCUGUUGCUGAUAAGCAAAUUGAGACUGCCAAGUACUUGCUAAAGACCAAUCAAAUAGAUGUGAAUGCAAUGGAUGCUAAUGGGAAUACAGCAUUAGAUAUUUUAGCACAGAGUCGGAGGGACAUGAAUGAUCUAUCCAUUGGAGAGUGUCUUAGAGAAGCUGGAGGCUUAAGGGCAAAGCAUAUUUCAGUAUCCAUCAUUCAAAAUAGUACCAAAAUUUCCAAUGACAUUGGUGGAAAUAACCAUUCUCAAGUAUCUUCAACACCAGCAUAUUUAGGAGAAAAUCAGGCCCAAAACCCCCCCUCAAAAGGCGAUUGGCUUUCCAAGCAACGUGAAACAAUAAUGGUGGUGGCCUCACUUAUUGCAACUAUGGCAUUCCAAGCUGGAGUGAACCCUCCAGGAGGUGUUUGGCAAGAAAAUGGAAAAUUGAAUGAUCAGGGAAUACCCUCACAUAAAGCAGGGGAAGCAGUAAUGGCUUAUAAUCAUGCCAUACCGUAUCGAUUUUUCCUUCGUACCAACACCAUUUCCUUUGUCUCUUCUCUCAGCACAAUCUUGCUGUUGAUAAGUGGAUUGCCCUUCAGGCUCAGGCUUUUCAUGUGGGGUUUGAUGGUUAUCAUGUGGUUGACAGUAACCUCAGCAGCACUCACUUAUGGCAUAUCCAUUUACAUCCUCACACCUAAGAAGGACAGUGAAGCACUUGGUGAGGUCAUUAAAAUUGGAAUUACAGUAUGGUGUGGCUUAAUGGCACUACUUCUACUCGGAAACACAAUACGUUUGUCGCGUAUAUGGCAGAAAAAGAAGCAUGAGAUAAGAUCAUCAACAGCACUAAAAUCUGCAAAUUCAAUUAUAUGGCAGAAAAAGAAGCAUGAGAUAAGAUCAUCAACAGCACUAAAAUCUGCAAAUUCAAUUAAUUAUGUCAAUGUUUGAUAUGUUUCAUUAAUAUAUAGGACUCAAGCCAUUACAAGAAAUAUUCAUGCUUAUUUUGGGUAUCUCAUUUCAUUGUCACAUGUUAAAAGAGUUCAAAAGCAUAGACA